AUGACAAGAUUAGAUAACUCGCAAUUUCUAAAAGAGUUGAGCCAAGUGGUAACCAACAACAAUGGCAAAUCAUCCAUCUAUUUGACUCAAAAACGGUUAAGUUCACCUGAUGUAACGUCGUCCCCGUCGAUCAAUGAUCUUCCGACAAAUGUCAUACCUAACGAUCAAAUACAGAAUAACACGUCGUACCCCAUUCUUAUUAGGAUUUCAAUGAAUAGUUCGAAUAACAAGGAGAAAAAGCAAGAUAAAUUGCGUUUAUCAACUGUUGUAGAAACGGACCAAUUGAAUCAAUUUUGGCAAGAAUAUAUACGAGUAUUGAAGAAUGGGCUUGUUGGGUUGAAAAAGAAAGAAAAGAAGAAGAAUAAGAAAGGCAAGGUAAAUAAGUAG